CAGCAGACAGGUGGUAUAGUCACUGCGCAAAACUGCGAAGUUUCGGCGAGGGUGCCUCAUAAUUCAGGUGCUUAUGGAGUCAUCAGAGUUUCUGCGCCGAUGAUGAAUCCAAAUCCACAUUACUUGAAGUGUCAAAGUUGGAUGCCACCUCAAGUAACGAAUAAUGUCCAGGGGAUGACUCAGCAACCCCAGCAAAUGGUCAUGUCGGACAACCACGUGGACGUUCCUGGGAAUCCAUACCGCCCGCAAAACUGCAUAAAUCCGAUGACUCAGCAGCAAAUGAAUAUUCAAGCGCAGCAGCAGCAUCAUAUACAACUCCAAGCAGCGCAAGGAGGGUACAGAAUGGAAACACAAGGUUCCAGCGCGGGUAUGGCACAAAUCGACACCACCGGAGUGCCGACCGAUCUCGACUUUUUCGACGCCAACUUUUCGUUCUCUGGUGAAGAUCAGGAUCUCUUCAAGUCUUUGGAUAGCAUUGUUUCCCAUGGGUGUCCUCCGGGUGGUAAUUGAACGAAGAGACACGCACAUGUACUCCUAAAGAAAGAAAAAAAAACUAGAACGAAUCACGGACUAUUGAAUCUCACGUAAGGUUUUUAUUCGAUGUAGUAUGCUGGGCGAUCUGCUGG